AAACAACAGCUUGCCGGCUUGUGUCUGAGGAUUGUCCAGUUUUUAUCGGACAAGCUGAUGCAGAUCAUCAUCCCAGGUCUUUACGAACUACUGGGCAUCCAAGAUGCUGCCUCCUCUCCAUUGUCACAGAGAUCUCUCACAGCGUCCCUCACCAGUCUGGAGGACGAUAAGGCUAACAACAAGUCCCGUGUGAGAUUUACUGAGGCCGGUGUACCUAAGAGGCAAGGCAGUCGAAAGUCUUACGCUAGCUUUCGCAUUCCGACUCCCUACCCUUCCUCCAACUGCAUGGAGCAAAAAGAGGAAGAAGAGCAGGAAUCACAACAAUUUAAGUUCAAGGAGAUUUACCUGACUAAGGAGAUGCGCAGUCUGGGCAGUGGAAGCUACUGCCCAAAACCAUUGCCCAUGCCAGCCAUGAGGUCUCAAACCUCUCUGUCUGAGGUGCAGAAGACAACCAACUCUGAGCCGCUACAAGUCCUUUUAGGUGUCUCAGAGGACACCCUCAUCACCUGUGUGCAGGACAGCCUGCAAGGGUCUCUCUCCAAACUUGCAUGCAUGUCCGAUUCUCCAUCUGGAAUUGCAUGCUCUCCGAAGAUGACCCCUGCUGUAAUGGCAGAAGUGAUUAAAGAUGUCAAGUCAUCCAUUUCAGUGGUGGUUAAGAGUGCCUCCGCGAGCCAAACCUCUCAAGUGACACCUGUAAGGGGAGACUCACAGACCAAGGUGACUGAGAGCAUGGUGAGAGAGCUGGCAGCUAAACUUGAAAAAGUUGACCAAGAGAGCAAGAGUCUAACAGGGCAAGUCAUAACCACCAUCUCUGACACAAUGGUGGCUUUUGUUGAUGAGAACGAACAGAAUUUGCUGAAAGAUCUGAAGGACAAGAUCACGUUUUUGGCAUCGCAUGUUGGCUUCAUUGACGAUCUUGAUGCCCUGAUAAGGAAAUACGAGAGCAGCUACAAUAUUAGUGAAUCUGGUUCCUCCUGCACGCUCACAUCUAAGAGCAUCCAAAAACUCUCCAGCCGGGAGUUUCAAACAUCAGCAAUACAAGCAGUGAGUGGAGUUCUUGCCAAAAAAGUCAGCAGUUUGAGCUUUCCUAGUUCAGUCGUUCAGUCUGAGUUAACAGGUGCUGUAUCAGGUCAAACAUUGUCUGGCAUUGUAAAGACAUUGUCAAUUCACCCAGUGGGCUCAGCAGCGUCAGUAGUUGUUAAGACUUUCGUGUCAGAUAUGAAGUCCUUGGCCGAAUCUGAAGAGAGUCCUCAACAGAAGAGUGUCUGGUCUGCUGCUGUUCACAUUUACCACAGCAUCCAAAACAACUUGAAUGAUUAUUUCAGCAAGCUUCAGAGAUUUGCCCUAAAGAGCAUUGUCACAUCUGAUGACAACACCACAAAUGCUGAGUUUAAGGAAACAGUUCCACUUCCUUGCUUAGACAUGAAAUAUAGGCCCAGUAAGAGUGAGCUUCAGUUGCCAGAGUCCACUGGUGAAGUUACUUUACAAAGAGGCCUAAGUGAGAACUCAAAACUUAUUUGGGCACAAACUGACUCAGAAGAAAGCAAGCGCCUUCUGACAACUUGCACCAAAGAAGUCAUCUCAGAGCUUCUGGUCUUGUACAACACUGAGAUGUCAAAGGAGGACCCCCCGUCCACUGUUGGAGAAAAAGGAUCAGACUUCUCUAUUGAGAGACAACAAUUUGUAGAGGGUGUUCUGGCUCAGCUUGGGGAUAUCUCCCAUUCCAGGGCCUCAUCACAAAUAGUAUGUGAGUUCCCCUCUCAAAUUGAGGACAGCAGAAGUAAGGCCACAGCUUCUUUGACCAGUCUGUUAGAUUGCAUGAAAAAACUCUCAAGUGAGGAAUUCAAGAGAAACACCACUCAAGCAGUGAGUGAGUUCCUAGUUAAAAAGUCCAACAGUAGCUUAACUAGUGCAAACACUGCUUAUACUGUAGCAUCCAGGUCUGGUUCCAUUCAAAACCAGAGCACCUUGUCAAAUGAUAUUUGUGUGGAUUCAGCUGCCUUUGGCAUCAUUGACACAUUUGUGGAAGACUUGCAAAACUUGGCACAACCAUUGGAGGUAUAUCAGAAAGAACCUGACCUCCAGGAAAAUGCACAAAAGCUACAGAGCAGGAUCUGGUCUGCUACCACUAGUUUAUAUAACAACAUUAAGAAGACAUUAAAGAACUUCACCAUUCGCCGGCGGAGGUCAGACGUGCAGAAAAGAAUGUCCAGCCAUACACCCACAGAGGACUCUGGACAUCUUGUGACUGAGGAGUACCUUGGUUUGGCAAGCCAGAACUUGAGGCAAGCUAGUAAGAGUGUGCCUCACUUGCCCAGUUUGAACCAGGAAGUGGCUCUACACAGGGGUGUCAGCGAGAGUUCAAAACUUCUCUGGACUGAAACAGACGAGAGUCUAAUGAACAAUAGUACCAAAGAGGUUAUUUCAACUAUCUUGACCUCAUGCGAGGCCGAGAUAUCAAAAGAACCUUUCUCCUCCAGGGUAGGAAAGAAAAUAUCUGAUAUGUCCCUUGAGGUCAACAUGUUGGUAGGUGGUGUUCUGUCUCAGCUGAAUAACAUCUCCUUGUCAAGGUCCCCAACACCAUGUGAAGACAUGUUUGAACGUCUCCAAGAUUCUCUUGAGCGAACCUCUCCAGUAAGUCUAGAUUGCAGCACGACUACCUCCAAAGGCAUUGCAUCUUCCCAUAGUCUUUCAACAAAGAGCCUCCAGAAACUCUCUAGUCAUGAGUUCCAAACCAAAGCUGAGAAAGUAGUGAGUAAGGUCCUCUCUAGAUCAUUUAACAUUGUGGAGGAAGGUACAACAGAUAAGUGCCUCCAGUCUGUAUCUACAUCCACCACAUCUACUGAUAUUAUACAAACCAUGGUGAAAGAUCUGCAGGAGCUCACCCAGACCACCCAAUCAUCUGACAUGGUAUCUGGAACCUCCCUGCUCACCACUGGACAGGUUUCUGAGAAAAUGAUCUGGUCUGUUGCUUGUAACAUCUACUACAGUCUGCAAAGUAAGAUUACGGAGUUUCUCAGAAAAGAUCUUCAAAUAUCAGACACAACACUUGGUUCAAUCAAAAUGUUUACAUAUCAAAGCAGUUCUGCACCACAAAGAGCUAAUCUCGGCCAUCUUGAGGUCAACCAGAGCAGUGUUACACCUGGUGGAAAAGAUGCCUGUGUGGACAUUCCGCAUAAUUUACUACCUAAAACCACUGAGCUCUCAGGAUCCAUGCUGGAGGAUAUUGGCACAAUCCGCUGUAGGAGUGCUGACAGCCAAAAGACAAGAAAUACAUCUUCUUCAUGCUCCUCCAUCUCUCUAACACCUACUUCAAAAUCAAAGCAGUCAGAAUGGGACUUCACCUUGCCCGGUGCUCCCAUCCCCACUGAAUUACCUGCUCAGAGUGACUUUCCCAUUGUAAGAAACAUGAUCAUUCAGGACCUGUUUCACACAAAAGACUUACUUCCCCCAUCCUUUGUGGACAAAGUCAGGCAAGCUGCUGGGGUGGUAGUGGACAAAAUGGUGGAAAGUGUUGAGAACACACAGGAAGAUGGAAAAGUUGCUUCUCAUCCUGACAACCUCCAAUCUGCUGUUAGGAAAUUGAGAAAAAUAAUUUCCACUGGGACCAUCCACAUUUUCAGUCAUGAAUUUGUGGAUAAAGUGAUAGCCAUUCAGGACAACCACAGCACUCCACAGGUCUUAACAUUGGCAGCAGCCAGAAGUGCUUCUGACUCCAUUCUUUCAAGGCUGAAAUGGGGAAAGGAACAAUGUACCGUAUCCAGGAAGCUCUCCUCUCAGCUUCUCCAGAUAUUCGCUGAAGAGACAGUGAGGGGCUUCCUAAAACAGUGGUCAGAUGAGUAUGAAGAUAUAAACAUUGAUGUUUCAGUCCAGAACAAACCAAGCACCUCUACUUGCAUGGUCUUUCCUAUCCAGCUCAAUCAGAGCAAGCCAAAGGAUAGUGACACAAUGAAUCAGCUCACCAAGGUCAUGGUCAACAAAAUGAUGGAUGCCUUAUCAGUUGGCUCAAGUCAUCAAAUGAUCACCAAAGCCAAUGCCAAAUGUUCUUUUGAGUCUGGUACCAGCAUGGCCACCAGUGACAUUGUAGAAGGGAUGUUGGAUUUGGUAAGGGAUACCACCAGCAGUACUGGAGAGCAGAUCCCCAUCUUCAAGUCCAAGAAAAGCAAGAAAAGCAUGUUUAGCAAGAUAUGCUUUAACACAAAGGGUUCCAAGAAAGUUAGCAAGGACCACUGUCCUCAAAAGUCUAUGGAGUACCAGCCUCAGAACACUUCCCCUACUGUGUACUUUACAGAGUCGAGGACAAAUUCUCAUGGUACCUUUGCUCCAGAGGGAAAUGACAUCGCAUAUUCCUUCCCACCUGAAGAGAAGAGUCGGAAACCCUCCCUUUUCACCAGAAUGUAUAGAGCCAUCACUAGAGGCUUCUCCAACCCAAGAUAAUUUUCCUCAUUAAAUGAGAUUGCAUUCAUUUGUUGUCAUAUGUUGAUUGUUUUACUAGCACAAACUGUAAUAUGUUCUGCAAUUCAUCCAAAUGCAUUGAGGAGUAUACCACCUCAGUCACAGGCCUCAUCAAUAAGUGGAUCGACAACGUUGUGCCCACAGUGACCGUAUGUACAUAUCCCCGACAGAAGCCAUGGAUUACAGGCAACAUCCACAC